AUGUUGACCGUGACGCUCAUCAGGCAUGGACAGUCGACCGAUAAUGUGAGGCACGUGUGGGCAGGGUGGGCUGAUGCCCCGCUAAGCCAGCGCGCCGAAGCUCUCGGCGCAUACUUGUCCAAGACCCUGUUUACCAAGAUCUAUGCCUCUCCCCUCAAGCGCGCUGCCACCACUGCAGCACUUGUUCUUGCUGCCCAACCUGCCCCACAGCCGCCACAUGACUUCACAAUCGAGUCCAUAAAGGAGCAGAAUUUUGGCAUUGCAGAGGGGAAACCGUGGUGUUCUCCUGAUAACAGGUCUUCCAAGUCGCUCUCAGAGUACACGAGCGAGGGAAAGUACCCCACACCGCUUCCGGGUGAACGCUUUACGGACGGUGAGUCCGAUGAAGAUUUAGCAGCACGUGCGAUGCAAGCCGUGGAUGAAGUGGUCAUGCCACACGUACGUAGUGCAAUGCGGGCCAGGCGUGCAGAGCAUAUCGCACUCGUAAGCCAUGGGCUCUGCAUCAGAGCGCUCAUUUGCGCGUUGUUAGAAAGGGACUCCAGAAAGAUUACCCCAUCGCGUGGGUACACUGGGAUGCAGAACACGGCGUGGGCGAGGGUAAUCAUUGAAAUGCAGGACGUUGCAGAUGGCAUACCAUUGGAGAUCACUGAUGAAGACAACUCUCUGAUCGUAACAGUGACGGACUUCGGUCGUACGGAUCAUCUCGUCAAGCUUAAGCCCAACGCCGGCGGGACCGGCAAGAUUGCAUACGACCCAAAGCAACGGGACAUUAGAGCGUUCUUCGAUGGUGCGGCGAAUACCAAGGACUGUGAGAGCGAUGCACUGGAUGGAAACAAUAGGGAAGCAAAGAAGUGA